GGCUUUUAAAAUUUCGCCGGAUUUGCUUCACCUGGUAACGGGUCACUGGUAACCGAGCGAAUCACCCUCUCUCUGACUUAGUGAUUGGCGUUUCUCUCUCUGUCUUCUUCUCGCUAAGCUAAUCGCAUUGGAAUAAGCUUGGCAAUGGAUUCAUAUACGCUGAAGUCUGUGUCAGAUUUGCCGGCACCAUUUCGUUCAAUUUUUAAUUUCAGGUACUUUAAUUCACUGCAAAGUGAAUGCUUUCCUGUCUGUUUCCAUUCCAAUGUAAAUAUGGUUAUCUCAGCACCAACUGGAAGUGGUAAAACAGUGCUCUUUGAGCUUUGUAUACUGAGGCUUCUCUCAAGGUUCAUAUCAGAAGGGAGGUUUAUCCACAUCAAGGGAACUCUCAAAACGAUCUACAUAGCGCCAUCUAAGGCUUUAGUACAGGAGAAGCUCCGUGACUGGAAUCAGAAAUUUGGAUCAUUGGGGAUAAAUUGCCUGGAGUUGACAGGGGAUAAUGAAUUUUACAGCAUAAGGACUGUGCAAGAAGCAGAUAUUAUUCUAACUACUCCUGAGAAAUUUGAUGCUGUGACUCGAUAUCGCAUAAAGGAUGGUGGCUUGGGCUUUUUCAGUGACAUUGCACUCCUACUUAUUGAUGAAGUUCACCUACUGAAUGAUCCACGUGGAGCGGCUUUGGAGGCAAUAGUUAGUAGAAUAAAAAUGCUUGCUCAUAACCCUGAAAUGAAAUCAAGUUCUCUAUCAUGUAUCCGUUUUCUUGCAGUUUCAGCCACAAUUCCAAAUAUUGAGGACAUUGCUGAAUGGCUUAGUGUACCAGCCCAAGGAAUUAAAAGGUUUGGAGAAGAAAUGAGGCCUGUAAAGUUAACAACUAAAGUUUUUGGAUACACCCCAGCAAAGAAUGAUUUUCUAUUUGAAAAGCGCCUUCAAAACUAUAUAUUUGAUAUUCUGAUGCAAUAUUCAAGAGGGAAAUCUGCUCUUGUUUUUUGUUCAACUCGAAAAGGAGCACAAGAAGCAGCACAGAGACUAUCUCAGACAGUAAUGACCUUUGGCUAUUCAAAUCCAUUCAUUAAAGACAAAGAACAGCAGGAAAGGUUAAGGGAAGCUUCACUAUCAUGCAGUGAUAAACAAAUGCAAUCUUAUAUCCUUUAUGGUGUUGGUUAUCACAAUGGUGGGCUUUGCUUGAAGGAUCGCAACCUUGUUGAGGGUCUCUUUCUCAGGGGUGACAUUCAAAUUCUGUGCGCAACAAACACCCUUGCACAUGGAAUCAACUUACCAGCACACACAGUGGUCAUAAAAUCAACACAGCACUUUAACAAGGAAAAAGGUCUUUACAUGGAAUAUGACCGAUCUACAAUACUGCAGAUGUGUGGGAGGGCUGGUCGACCUCCAUUCGACGACACAGGAAUGGUUAUAAUAAUGACAAGAAGAGAAACAGUCCAUCUGUACGAGAAUCUCUUAAAUGGAUGUGAAUUGGUGGAAUCACAAUUGCUCUCAUGUGUGACGGAGCACUUGACUGCAGAGAUAGUUCAGUUGACUGUUUCUGAUAUUGCGAGGGCAAUUGAAUGGAUGAAGUGCUCAUAUUUAUAUGUGAGGAUGAAAAAGAAUCCUGAGAAAUAUGCAGUGCGAAAAGGGAUUUCUAGAGACCGCAUAGAGAAGCAUGUUCAAGAGAUUUCUGUUCAGAAAGUUAACGAGUUAUCACACCAUCAAAUGAUCAAGACCGGAGAAGAUGGGUUCCUUCUUAAGCCACUAGAGCCCGGAAGAUUGAUGACCAAGUACUAUUUGAAGUUUGAUACGAUGAAACACAUUAUGCAGACCCCAGAUAACUGCAGGUUGGAAGAUGCACUUAACGUUAUAUGCCGUGCAGAGGAAAUUGCUUGGAUACAACUCAGGCGCACUGAGAAGAAGCUUCUAAAUGACAUCAACAUUGAUAAAGAUGGCCGGCUUCGCUUUCAUGUAAACGGUGAUAAGGGGAAACGGAAAAAGCGUAUUCAAACUAGAGAAGAGAAGAUAUUUGUUCUGGCAAAUGACUGCCUGACUGGGGAUCCCUCGGUGCAUGAUUUAUCCCUAACUCAGGACAUGAAUUCUAUAUGCUCAAAUGGGUGUAGAAUCGCAAAGUGCAUGAAAGAGUUUUUUAUUUUCAAAAAGAAUUAUAAAGGAGCUGUGAACUCAACCAUUUUAGCCAAAUCAUUAUACCAGAAACUCUGGGAUGACAGUCCAUACUUGCUCAAGCAAUUGCCUGGCAUUGGAAUGGUGACAGCGAAGGCUCUGCAUUCAAUGGGAAUUAAGUCAUUUGAUGAACUAGCUGAAGCUGAUCCAAGGAGAAUUGAGAUAGUUACUGGCCGAAAAUUCCCAUUUGGGAACCACAUCAAGGAUUCUUUGCUGUCAUUACCUCCAAAAGUCAGCAUCAGCAUUGAGGAAACUGUUUGCCAGAGGCAAGGGAAAUCCAAGCUAGUAGUGACAUUCGCUAGGUUAUCACAAUCCAUCCAAUCAGGGAAACGACAUUAUGCUGAUAUGAUUAUUGGUACAGAAGAAGAAAACCUGAUUCACUUUCAUGAGAAAAUAAGCAGAGUUGAUGAAUUCACCAGCCCCUAUAGCACAACGGUUCUCCUAUCAAUUCCCAAAGGAAGCAAGCUGACUGUCAAGGCUGAACUUAUUUUUGAAGAAUACAUUGGUCUUGAUAUCCACAAAAAUCUUGUACUGUUGAAGGAUAACAAUUCAGAUAUGAAUUACAAACGUAGGCAGAAGCGGCCUUCUCUUUUUCCUCCACCUGCAGAAAUUUGUUUAAUAGAAGAUGACAAUGAAACCAUAUCUUAUGCUUCAGCUGAAAAGCUUUGCAAUUUGACGAAAUCUAAAACAGAAAACAGUUCAAUGCCCACUUUCAAACUCAUAGAUGAAGAAUUGGAAGAAGGUGAGCAUGCUGUUGAAAUAAAAAAGGAAAGUCAUAAAGUCAUAACUGAACAAGCAAUAUUCGACCACAUACGUGAAAAGGCCAAGAACUUCCCUCUCUUGACUCCUGCAAAAACUUCCUCUUCUACAUCGUCAGAGGCCUUGAUUUCCACAAGAAAGCAUUCUUAUGAGAAGGACCUUGAUCUUGACACCGAGCUGAUUGUUAUAGAAGAGAUAGAAGGAAGCAAAAUUCCACAGCAGAUUGUCCCAAAUCCAAGUUCGGAAAUCAGAGAAGUAGAACAGAAUUUGUUUAAUGUCAACAACCAUCUGACUCCAAAGCAGGGCUCCAUGUGUGGAAGUUUGGGUACCGUGAACUUCUUGGAUUACAAAGGUGGGCAUCCUUCCGAACCUGAGAAAAGCAUUCUCAAAUGUCUAACGGAAGAAACAAUAUUUGGUCACAUACGGGAAAGAGCCAAUAAUUUUCCAGUGUUAUCAAGGACUAUGCAAUCUGAGUCUCCAAUGUGGACAAAGGAACAGGCAACUGAGAAUCAGCCCGACUUUUGCAUUGCUGCUUCUAAUGCAUUAAUAGAAAUAAAGUCUGAUAAUAAGAUCAUGAGAGACGUUGUAAUCAUUUCAGAUUUGGAACCUGGAGGGGCAGUGAUGAAUGAAUGUAGUUCCAGGGCAGGGGCGAAGGGGAAAGAAAAUAAAUCUCCCCGAAGUCCAUAUGCAGCAUAUGAGAGUUUGAGCAUCUCUCCCAAAGUUCCGAGAAUCAACAAUAAUCCACCUUCAAUGGAAAUUUUAUCUUUUGAUAUUUCCAUGAUAAAGGAUAACACUGGAUCAGUGGGCUCAGCAAGCUCCCUGGAGUAUAACAGGAAGCAUCAGCAUCAGCAUUGUUCUCCUAAUGGAUCAAAAAGGCAAUGCUGCUCAACGGCAAUGGCAGACAAAACUAGGGAAGUAGAUACAUUUCAUGGAUUUGAAAGUGUUUUUUCAUUUCUCUGAUUUCUCUCUCUGCAAUAUGAGUAGUUGAAUAAAGGUGUCCCGAUCUAAAAUUUGAUUCUUCUGCUUUAGUUUCUUGUUCCAGGUUAUAAAUUCUUUUGUUUACUGGAAGCUUGGCAAGAGGCAAGUCCUAGGAAAUAUAAUGCACUAUGUGGAAGGAAUAUCAGAGGAGUACAUAAAUGAAAUGGACUCUUCUGAUCGCUUCUUCUUUGGUUAAUUGAGCUUUGACUAUGAUUUUAA